UGACGUGUCAACAGCAGCGCACCACGUGGAUGCGGUUGUUUUCUGGAGGUUCUGGAGUAUUUCAGACACGUAGCAUUCAGUCAGAAGAAGUGUUACAUUUUCAGAGACGCGUUAUAAAUUUUGAAACCAGCGACUCGUCAGCUAGUUUAAACAAGUACAUUCUCCUUUUACAAUUUUUAUACCUGGUUCAUUAUUUCAAGAAAACUAACAUAAGUUGACAAUGCCUGCUGCACCAAGUUCUACGUCAGUGGGAGCGGCUGGUCGUUCACCAAGUAAAGCAGUAGCACCUCGUGCUGGAGGUGGAGGCACUGUGAGACAACGAAAAACCGCUCCAGCCACUUCAGCUAGGAAUAGGAACACUGGAACAAAUUCUGGUGGAAUGUGGAGGUUUUACACUGAUGACUCACCAGGAAUCAAAGUAGGACCAGUUCCUGUUCUCGUCAUGUCCCUGCUCUUCAUUGCAUCAGUUUUCAUGCUUCACAUUUGGGGAAAAUACACAAGAUCUUAAACAAUUUGCAAAUAUAAUUCGUAUUUCUAAGACUGUGAAUUAAUUACUCGAAGUUGUAAAUGGGAAGAUAAAAAAAAAAUAAAUAUCGUAUUUUUUUAUACGCGAUAUGGCUUAAAACUUCCACUUACAACUUCGUUUUUCACAAUGUUUAUUAAAAAAUUGUGAACAAUUUAUUACUAUAAGUAUAAAAAUUUAAAUUAUUCCAUUGUUUAUUACUUAGCAUUAAUGACAUAUCUAUAUAUAAUAUAAAAUUCUUUUUCAUUAGAAA